AUGAAACCUGGGCUUCAUCCUCGUGAUUGGGCUUUUUUCCAGUUGGAGUACCCGGCAGUUGAUGAUGUCUUCCGUGCUGCGGUUGAAGCCUUGAUCGAUUGUGUUCCAGUGGAUCAGCAACUGCCUAUGGAUCAGCUGAAGGAGGUUAUAAGGAAUCUUGCAGAUGACAUUGGUUGGAAGGAGGGGGUGGUUGUCCUUGAUGAGGCUCAAAUGCUGCUUCGUUGUAUGAAAGGUCGAUUCAAGUCUGAACUCAGUCCUACGAAAGGGCAGCCGUUGUUGAGCCCCAUGUUACUGGCUCUGAAGUCGUACCGUUUCUUGAAGAGCUGCUUGUUUGUUGCGGGCACCGGCACGAAUAUGCUUAAGGUUCGGGAAAGACUUCUGAGAGGGACAGUGAAGCCUUUCGAUGUAAGAGAAAUAUAUAGUUUACCUGGCUUUGACGACACCAACAUUCCAGCCUUUCUCCAACGGUUUAUAGAUAUCAGCAGGCUGGACAUGCCCGCGAUUACUUCCAUGUACACUGGAAGAAGGCGACUUUUGAGCACGGCGAUUGAGAAGUACGUUGUGCAGGACAAACCACCAGAGGAUUGGUUCCAAGUUUUCUUCUUGGAGUUGAUCAAAAAGCCUGGGGUGGAGCUUGGACUUCUUCGGUCUUUAAGGGAUGAAGCGGAGCGGGUGUGGGAUGAUCCAGAGACGGCACAAAUGAUUGAGGACAUUCUGUUCACGUAUUAUCUUACAGGUUUUGGUCAUGUUAUUGUGCAGCGGAAGAGGAGUAUCAUGACCUUAGUGGAUUGUGGCUUUGCAACGCUGCUUGAGAGUGAUGCCAGUGCUGGACCUUUUGCACCGAUCAUUCCACACAUAAGAGGGGUGAGGGGUGAUGAAGCCGGACCUGGUUCUUCAGGUCUGGUUAACGUGCAAUACGUGAUCCUUCAAGAGCCGAUGAUUGCAGAAGCACUCUGGGAACAUAUGCCUGCUGGUACAGUAAUGGAGCGAGUCAUCAGCACAGCUGCAAACGCAUCAGUCCGUGGCAUUACCUUUGAGCGGUUUGCAUGCAUCGUGGGGGAGGCAUUUGACAACAAGCUACCAGCUGAGGUUUUGGGUUUGCAGGAAACAGAUGUGGUCUACAAGGAGGAGUAUGAAGUUGUAAAGCCAAGAGGGCACUCGGGGGUGCUGGUUCAGGAGAUUCAGACUGAAGAACAGUUGAACCUGUGGCUUGAAGCUGUUGAGGCUGGUGCAUCGUUUGCUACUUAUGCAUGGCUUGGACCAUUCCAAGAAGCUGGACCAGAUGGGAUGUUUCUUCUCAGAAGCAAAGAGUCGCACAAGAUGAUGCCUGUGUUUCUACAGUUCAGGACCGGAUCUGGGCUGGGUGUGACUCAAGCUUUUUCCUCACUCGACAUCAUGAAGAUUGACAAGAUGCUGCAUUCAGGAGGAGCCUGUCGAAAACUAAAACAGUGGUGCUGGACUGGCUACCUUAGGCUGGUUGUUUCACCAAACCCACAUCCAAGGGUAGGAAAGGUGGCCUUCGGAGAUGUGUGGUGGAGUGGGCGAGCGAGAAAGGGGCACAAAGAAAUCCCCCUGGUUUCACCUCUGUCGGCUGUUUGGGCUGGUCGGAAACUUCGGGGGAUUGUCAACACGGAAUUGCUGGAUGCUGUGGAAGAGGUGAAGAAAGGUUUGAAGAAACUGAAAAGGGGGUGA